AUGCCCUGGAUGCCUGACCAGGGUGCUGCAGGAGCCGCCAGCCCCGACAGCCCGCAGCACAGGAAAACACACCAGCUCCCGAGGACAGCCCGGCCGGAGGACAGCCCGGCCGAGGACAGGAAGGGGCGGCCAGUGGACGACAUGAGCCGUGCAGACACGGUUCAGAAGAGGUCCCUGCUGGGGUCAGGGCGCCCGCUGUCCCCAGGGGCUCGCUUCCCGGAGGCCCUCUCCCUGACAGGGUCCGACCCCCCAGCCAGCAGCCCCAGGGCCUCGCAGUUCCUCAGCACCACCGGCUGUGCCCCCACUGCCCGGCCCACCGCCGGCACCGUCCUCUGCCGGGACCCCUCCCGCGGGGGAGCCCUGGGGCUUGACCCCACACCUGCUUCUGACCUCUGCUCGACUCCUCCUCCUCACAACAACAGCGACAGCAGACGGAGGAACACGGCGGCCCUGACUUCAUCAUUUAGGAAGCUGGCGGACAGGCAGGGCGAGGGCCUCCGCUUUCCAGCGGAAGUGUGCUGCGCCCCGUCCUCACUUUCACCCACGUGCUCUGGGUCAAACCGUUCCGGGGAGCGCGCCACCAAAAACAGCAGCGCCCACCUGUCCCCAGGACCCACCUCCACCCUGCACCCCCUCUUCGCCGCCGCAUCUCUGGGAGCUCUCGCCGUUCCCCUCCUGCCUGAGUGGCGGCCCCGGGGCAGCAGCAGCCGUCCGAUUCACCCACGGCCUGCCACCCCCGGCCCUGCCCUGGCCGCCCGCACGGCUUCUCCUGACGGGCGUGCCGUCACUCCCACCGGGGCACGCUCAGCGACCUGCACGCCCACUGCCGCGUGCGGGCUGUCACAGCUGACCCCGCAGCACCCCGUCACGCGUGUUCUGCCCCCACCUGAGGCCCCAUUUUCCCGGGAAGGAACCCCAGCCCUGGUUCCCGUGUACUCACCCCCCCACCCCCGGCCCCAGCGUCUGAACCCCCUCCCCAGACGUCCCAGCGCAGAAACGGCACUUCGGCCUGGGACCUUUGUGGACCAGAACCGCCGCCCGCCCUCCCACGCGCGUGUCCGCAGGGUGGCCUCCGUGGACACCCCUCCGCCCUCUGCCGGGGCACACGGCACCCGGGGGGCCCAGACACCGCACACAAAUCAGCCGCGCUCCGCCCGCGCCGGGCCCAACUCCUCGCGGCUGCCAGCUCCGUCCUCGAGUCGGGGCGCCCAGGUCGCCGCGCCGACGAGCAGGGCGCGCCCGCGCGCGGGUCGCAGCCCCGAGCCCGGCCUGCAGGAGCCGGGCGGCCCCUGGACCGCCGCCCGCGGCCCCUGCGCUCCCCUCCCUCCGGGCACCGGCCGGCGCGCGGCCGCGCAGAGGGGCCCCUCGCUGGCCCGCGGGGCGGCCCGGGCCCCGCACGUGCGGCCGGUCCCCCGCGGGAGGCACCUGCCCCGCUGCGCCCGCAGCCCGGUCUCCCGCGGGGGACCGGCCGGCGCGCCCCGCUCCCUGCCCCGCGCCAGGCGGCGCCCCGGCGCGCCCAGGCUCGCGGGCCACGGCCCGGCGGCCCGGCGGCCGGCUGGAGAGCGGGACCCCCGCCCGGGCCGAGCCGCGGCUCCCGCGGCGGCCGGCUCAGAGAGGGCGCGCGCCGGGCCAAGGUCGCACAGCGGCCGGCGCGGGGUUCGGCCGGGGCGCCGCCCGACCCUCCGGGGGGCGGAGGGGGGCAGGGACGGCCCGGCCGCCGGGAGCCCGCCGCGCGCCCCGAGCCCCGCGCCCCGCGCCCCGCGACCCCGCUCCUCACCUCCCCUCAGGCCGCCGCCGCCGCUGCCUCGCGACCCUCGGAGGCCACCCCUCCGCCGGCCCCGCCCCCGGCUUCGCAGCCCCGCCUCCGGCUCCUCGUCUCGCGAGAACUCGGGACCCUUCAACGCACCCACCCUGAGCGCGCCUGCGUCCUCCGCUCCGCGCCCCGCCUCCCAAACCAGUGCCAUGUGGCGCCGUAUUUACGACCAGCGAUGGGCCCCGCCCCCUUCCUCAGCAGCCAAUCCUGCCCUGCGGGCCCCGGCGUUGGCUCCGCCCCCAGCGGCCCGGGCCCCCGGAGCAGUGCGGCGCCCACGCACGAUGGCUGUCAGUGCAGCCGGCUGA